CCAGCACCUCCCACAUGGAACCUCCACCAGACCUUUUCGCCGGCAACUAUGGCUGAGACAAACCUCGCGCAAGCCUCCUCCUCCUCCUCCCACUCCCCAGAGAACCCGCCUGCAAAGCCCUACUAUGCGAAGCGCCCUCACAAAAAGUCCAGGGCCGGCUGCCAGAGCUGCAAGGCGCGAAAGGUCAAAUGCGACGAGGCCAGGCCCGUCUGCCGGUCCUGCAAGCUGAGAAAGGCGGACUGCGUCUACGCCGCUCCCCAAAAGCCGCAGAAACUGCCGGACGAGACGCCGUCACCGUCGCCGGACUCCCUCGAUGAUGGGCCACUGACGCGCCUCGCCAAGUCCGCGGCGUCUUCAACAGCCACCAAGCUCGCCAGCAUGUCUUCGACUUCGUCCGUCCUGUUUUCGGCGCCGAUACUCUCCCUUGCAGAGAAGCACCACAUCCAGUCUACUUCGAUACCUGCCGAGUUACUAUGCUGUCCGAUGGGGAUCGACCAGGCAGAUAUGAAGGCAUUAUGGUUCUAUGCGAUGAAAACAUGUACUUCCUUUUCCACCUUGGCGGACGAUGGGAACAAGUACACCAUGAGAAGCCUGUUG